AUGGCGAAGAUGGCGUGCACUCACCAGCAUCAGAAGGGCUGUCGGAGACAGAGCACCCUCAGUUCUCACCAGAGGAUGUCCCGGUCACGGAUAGAAGCAUUUAAAUUAUGCUCCAAGACCUUAAAUCACAAGCAGACAUUACAUUACAAGCAGACUUCCAGAAACUGGCAAGAGACCUCAGCAGAGAAAUUUCCGAUCCCGGGGGCUGGAAGAGUCAUCUUGAACACAAGUCGGAAGAGCUGUGCGCAGCUCAUAAUUCAGCUGCUGACAAGAUCCAACAAUUGGAAGAAGAACAAGCUAUUCUGCGGCACAAACUUGCAGAUAUAG